AUGGUCAUAUCUACCUACGCCACUUCCACCUCCAACGUCUUGCCAAUUGCGCUAAUUAUAACCAUCCUCAGGCGCCAGUGCUUUAGGCUCAUUCUCCGGCUGUUUCUUCUGGAAGUCGAAAUUCCGCCUAGAGAUUAUUCAGUCGUCAGAACUUUUAUAAACAGACGAGAUAUAAGCGAUGAAAAAGAGCUUGUAAAGCUAAUAAACAGCGAAGACGAGACGAGGAAGACACCAUUGCAUAAGGCUGCAUACGAAGGGAGAGUGGACGUGGUCGAGGCGAUGCUCCGGGUGGGCGGGGACGUCAACCGAAGAGACAGCCGCUACGGGAACACCGCAGUGCACUGGGCGGCCUGCGGCGGCAGCGUCAAGGUCCUCAGGGUCUUGGAGGGCUACGGGGCCAACCUGUCGGCCAUCAGCAACGGGGGCUCCACCGCGCUCCACCUCGCCGCCUCCUACGGCAGGGCUGACGCGGCCAAGUGGCUCAUCGAGAACGGGCUCAGCACAGAGGCCAAGGAGAUAACCAACCAGACCCCUCUGCACCUGGCGGCCAUUUCCAACCAUGUGCCGGUCCUCAGGCUACUGAUGGAGAGGGGUGCCAAGAAGGAAGCCACAGAUAUAAGCGGGAGGACCCCCCUCCACAUGGCGGUGGUCGCCAACCGGCUGGAGGCAGCUGAGGUCCUCUGGGAGAAGGGAGCCAACCUGGAGGCCACGGACCUGGACGGCUGGACAGCUCUGCACUGGGCCGCUAUGAGAGGACUGGCCCCGAUGGCCAAGCUGCUCCUGGACCACGGAGCGGACAUCGCCGCCAGGGACUACGACAACAGAACGGCCCUCCACCUGGCGGCGGAGCAGGACUGGGCCGAUGUGGCGGGGCUGCUCCUUGACAGGGGGGCGGAGGUCGAGGCCCGGUCGAAGAAGGGACUGACCCCCCUGCACCUCGCGGCCAGCGGGGGGCGGCUUGGGGUGGCCCAGGUCCUCUUGGAGCACGGUGCUGACGUCAACGCUCUUUCCGAUAAAGGAGCCACCCCCCUCCUCCUGGCCCUCGACUCGAAGCAGUCCACGGUUGCCGACCUUUUAUUAGCCAAAGGAGGCAAGGUCUAGUGCAGCUCAUCUUUGGAUCACUCCAAAAGAAGACAGAUCAUUUACAAGACAUUCAUAUAUAGAGCAUAAGAUUUAUAAAAUUAUUAUUUUAUAUUUAUUUUUCUAAUUUGUAUGAGCAAGUUUUAUAAAUCCUAUUUCCAAAGUAGUGUUGUAUUUUUUUUUAAUAUAUGUUUCCAAGCUACUUUUUUUUUUUUUUUUUUUCACAUUCUAAAGUAAAGCCUGCUUUUCAACAGAAUAUUAUUCUUAAUACUUGAUAUUUAUUUCUUGUUGUUUUUAAUCAAAGUUCCUUAUAUUUUUUAUUCUUUUUUUUUAUUUUUUUUUUGUAAAUAUAAAUAUAAAUAUAUGAAUGAAAAAGUGUUUAUUAAAGUUUUUUUAAAAAAAUAUACAAAGUAAAAUAUAUAUAUACAAGCAACAACGCAUAGACAAUGGACAAUUCCGUCUAUCGAGGUCUGUGUGUAAUUAAUAAUAAAUAUUCAUCACAUUUAUAACUAAAAUAAAUGAGCAAUAAUAUAUCGACAGUAUUAUUAUGUUUUUAU